AUGCGGUUCUCCCAAAUGUCUACUGCCGCGACCUCCAGCUCCACCCCGUCGCCUGAUGGCCACUGGACCCCGCAACGUGAUGUUGACUCGACGUUCGCCAACUUUUCGUUCGACGUCGACAGCGUGUAUGUCGAUGACUUUAACGCCAAAACCAUCGUGACGAGCGCACUCGUUUGGCUUCGGUCUGUCUUUGCCAACGGCAAUGCCGGCAUGUCAACGGCCAAGGCACUCUGA